GCGCGGUGCUCCACAGUGUGGAAGGGCUGUCCAGGUUGCUUUUCUCUACCCUUAUGCUGUGUUGGAACAUCCGGAGGGUGUUGCCCGACGACGCAGACACCCGGCGCUUGUCCUUCCAAGAGUGGACCGAGAUAAAUGCCAAGAUCGAGGCCGACGGCACCACGCCGUCUGUGGCCGUGCAGAAGUGCAUCUACAAUGCCCUGCUGCAGGAUGAGUGUUUGGAGCUGCUGCCGGACACCUCCACAGCGCGUAUCGUGAAGAACGCAUCGAGAGACACUUCGCAGGUGGAUGGCGUGACUUUGAUGGGCUGGUCCUCCAUUCCCAGUGGUGGCUUGGAGAGGCAUGAGAUCGCGCCUCAUAGCGGCCACCAAGGUGUUGGCUUGUCAGGGGCCAAGCUCUCUCACGUGAUCCUCAGUGAAACUUCCAGUAGCUUUUUUGACCGUGGGCAAGUGAUGCAAGUGGAUGGCCCAUCAGCUACCGGUGAGGCCUUGUGGCUAUGCUUGAAGCAUAAGGCAUGGCUCUUUCUGUCGACCGGACCCAGCGACCCGCCCUAUGCCUUCAUCCGGCUGAAGGAAGUGGUGUUGAGAGACACCAAUUUUCAGGAGAAGAGUGUAUUCCUGGCGGGCAGGAAGAGGCUGACAGAUGAUACUGCAGGCCCUUUUGGAGAUGCUGGCAGGCUCCCACUACAGCUUUGCUUCUUGCUGGCGGAUGGCCGCUUUCAGCUCUUCGAGGCAGUGUGGCUGCAACUGCAGUUCUCUUCAGAUGAGGAGCUGCAGAGCUGGUCGGUGGCCUUGGCCAAUGUUUGUGCCAGUGACACAACACCUGAGAUGCCCACGGGCGAUGGAUGGAUAUAGCAGAUGUUGACGCCUGUCUCGGUGGCGAAGAACCAACGCCGAAGGGCGGGCCGCCGGGCCACAACCUGAAGCCAAGAUCACACGGCCGCUGCCAUCGCGGCCGGUAGCGGGCGGCGGAGAAGGGUGCGAGCGGGGCGAUCCAAAGGUUGUUGACCCAGGAAACCAUUGCCCGAUCUUG